CUUCUCGUCAGCUUUACUUCAACCCGCACUUUUGUCCACCGCUCCCGGCAGGAUGGAGGCGACACAGCAGCCCAACGAGCCAAUCGGCACGCAGCCUGAUGCCGGAGAGGCGGAGCAUGCGGCCGUGACCUCUCAACCCACUGCUGCCGCCCAUGAAGGAGCCAUUUCCCCGACGCCUGAGGACAAACAGACCGAGGAGGGCGGGGCCUUGGAUCACCUGAUUGUAAUCAGUAACAACAUGGAGACCAGUAACGACCUUGCUCCAGCCGCGGUCGACUCCUCGCCCACAGUGCCCUCUGUGUCGCCCGUGCUGCACACCAAGCCUGGCGGUCACGCUAACGGUCAUCCUGGUUUGGGCAGCCGCUCUGGCUCGAUAGCGGCGGGGUCGCCCAGGCCCUCGCUCUCCCGUCGGCCCAGCGCCAUCCCAGAGGCUGUGGUGGACGGAUCCAAGCCCAGGGACUAUCUGAUCCUGGCCAUCCUGUCGUGCUUCUGCCCGCUGUGGCCCAUCAACAUCGUCGCCCUCACGUUCUCCGUGAUGUCCCGGAACAGUCUGCAGCAAGGAAACGUGGAUGGGGCUCGACGUCUGGGUCGGAACGCCAUGGUUCUGUCUGUCGUGUCCAUCUUAGGAGGGAUCGCCAUCAUCGCGGCUGGGAUCGCCUUCAACUGGGGAUUGAUAUUAAAAUCCUGAUGAAAGAAGUUUCAACCACGAGGACGAGGACAUGACAUCAUCUGAACCUUCCCUCACUCCCUCACCCUCCUGAGGACUGAAGAACCCUCACCCUCCUGAAGAACCCUCACCCUCCUGAAGACUGUAAAACCCUCUUUGUUCUUUGUUGCUGCACGAUAAGAUUGCUCUACCUCUGACACAGCAACACCAUCCAACACACCAUCCAACACUGACCUUCAUUGGUGUCCUACACUGACAUCCUAAACUCGUGUCCUACACUGGUGUCCGACGUCCAACACUGAAGUUGGACGCGGACGUUUCUCAUGUCUCGCUGUAGCAGCUCAUCUCCUCAAAAUGUUGUCUUUCAUCCAUGAUCAGGUGUCUCUGUUGUCAUGGCAACAGACAUCUAUCUCCAUGGACACCAGAUGACACUGCACUAUGGCACAGGUCCAGCAGUUCAGCAAACCGGGAGAACACUUUCCAUGUUUUGAUGCCAAAAUAAAAUAAAGCAUCACUGGACAAAGGCGGAGUUUGACGCUCAUGAAGCAUGUUCGAGAUUAUGUACGACGUUAAUGCAAAGACACAAGGACGUGUGGAUUUUCAACAGGAAACAUUUGUGUGUAUGAAGAUUAUGAAAGAUUCUUUUCAACAUCCUGAUUUUUAUCAGAAAUGAAGGGCAAUUGCCGUGUGGAGGUAAAGACGUAGAGGACGGGUCUUAAAGUGAGUGACGGAGUUGGACUUUCUGGUCAUUUCUGAACAUUUGUGACACUCUGAGCAUGUUUACAAUAUUUAUCACGGAAUGCUUUCAUAUACAACUGUAGCAUCAUUUAGCAUGAGUGCUAACGGCCAAGCACUUUGUAAAUAAACAGGAAGUGUACGCAAACGCAGCAGAAGCUCCUCCCCUUGCUCCACCACCUAGUGGACCGUAUGUAGCAUGCUUGUUUACUAUCACAUUAUGCAAUGAUAAAAAUCAUGUGGCUCCGCCUCUGCGUUUGCUCGCUGCCUCUCAGUUAUCGCAUUUUCAUCGACUGUUAAGAGUCGAAGCGUUUGAUUUAUGAUUAUUAUUAAUGUGCAAAGUUUAAAUAUUCAGAAUAUACCUUUAACAAAUUGCUCUUCACCAGUUUUAAGUUCAUAAAAAUCAAACGUCACCCUGAGCUGAAAAUCAUGGCAACAAAACCUCUGAGAAAUAACAGGAAACUGAAGUUUGUAAACCACUCACUCUCCCACACCAAAGCCCAGA